CUUUUGUGAUUAGUUGUGGUACUUUGGAAUGUUAAAACAAAUAAACAAAAUAUAUUAAUCUUACAUAUUUGCUCUCUUGGCUCGUGGACUGGACAAAGACCACCCAUUCGUCUCCUCCCUCGAAACUGAGCACAAAGACGCACACACACAGCACCUGCCGCGUCUGUCCUCCUCAGCUCAGACUCCCUGACUGAUCCAGUUGUUAGUAAUGUGGUGCAGCAGAACAGCGCUCGGGAGACUACAGAGAAUCGCCCCCUGUACCGUGACCGGACAUCACCGCGCGAUGUCCGCGUUACCGAAAGUGUAUGUGACCCGCAGGAUUCCACCAGAUGGACUGGACAUUCUGCGAAAAUCCGGACAAGUCCAGUUUGAGUUGUGGGACUCUGAUGACCCCGUGCCCCGAGUGGAGCUGCUGAACAAGGUCAAAGGUUGUGAUGGGAUUCUGUGUGUACUUACAGAGAAGAUUGAUGCACAGCUGCUGGACGUGGCAGGUCCAAAUCUGAAAGUCCUCAGCACCAUGUCAGUGGGCUAUGAUCACCUUUCUCUCGAAGAGCUUAAGAAAAGUUUGUUGAUAUGGGCUUGUAUAUUUUGUAGAGGAAUCCGUGUAGGAUAUACACCUGAAGUCCUGACCGAUGCUGUGGCUGAACUGACUGUUGCUCUGUUACUCGCCACAUCCAGAAGACUUAUUGAAGCUACGCAUGAAGCUAAAACUGGUGGCUGGGGAACUUGGAGAACUAUGUGGUUGUGCGGUCAUGAACUAGCAAACAGUACGGUUGGAAUCUUGGGACUUGGGAGGAUUGGUGUUGCUAUUGCUGAGCGUCUGAAGCCAUUUAAGGUGAAGAAGUUCAUCUAUACAGAUGUGGAGCCAAGAACUGAGCUUGCAAACAUGAUAAAUGCAGAAUACGUGUCUUUAGAUGAACUGGCCAAGCAGUCAGACUUUCUGGCCAUAUGUUGCGCUUUGACUCCAGAGACUCAUGGCAUCUGCAAUUGGAAUCUCUUCUCCAAGAUGAAGAAAAAUGCCAUCUUCAUCAACACGAGCAGAGGUGGCGUGGUGAACCAGGAGGAUCUGUAUGAAGCUCUGUCGACGGGUCUGAUUGCUGGCGCAGGGCUGGACGUCACCACUCCUGAACCGCUGCCAACACACCAUCCGCUCUACACCCUCAAAAACUGCGUGAUUCUUCCUCACAUUGCCAGUGCGUCCUAUACCACACGAAACGCCAUGUCAGCCCUCGCUGCCAACAACCUGCUGGCAGGACUCAGAGGUGAAGCCAUGCCCAAAGAGCUGAAACUGUAGAGGGGAAAAGUACUGGUGAAAUUAAAACAAUCUGUAAUGAUUCCUUCAACUUUUGUUGUUUCAAACCUGUAUGCUGUUGUUGUAUUUGCAUAAAAGACAUAAAGAUGAACGUUUGAAAAAUCUCCACAGCAUGUCUCUGCACAACAAACAACUUGAUGCUACUGAAAAAUGUUACACUUGGAGAAUUAGUAUGAAUAAAUCACAUUCAGAUGCAAAAAGUAAAAAAAUUUAAGGGAUCCUUCACCCUGAAAUUAAAAUUGCUUGUAAAUAAAAAGUUGCUUCUAAAACUUUAGGUUUUUUUCUUCUGUUGAACACAAAAGAAGAUAAUUUGAAGAAUGUUCGAAACUGGUAGCCACUGACAUCCAGUUGAAUUCAGAAUUAUAUGUAUAUUUUAUUCCUCAAUUUCUGUUUAACGGAAAUAUUUGUUCAACACAUUUCUAAGCAUAAAUGUUUUAAUAACUCAUUUCUAACAACUAAUUUAUUUUAUCAUUGCCAUGAUGACAGUAAAUAAUAUUUUUCAAGAUACUAAUAUUUAGCUUAAAGUGACAUUUAAAGGCUUAAUUAGGUUCAUUAGUUUAACUAGGAAAGCUGUGCCAAGUAGACUUUCGCUUUUUGGUAUCUUUUUGGUACAAAGGAAACAGCCAUAAAAGCGUAUAAAACCAUACCGUACCACUCAGUGGAAAUGGGCUGUUGGGAAAAAGGAAAUACAAAAAAAAAAUUUUAAACAUAUUUUUGUCGCUUUUUCUUUUCAUUAAACAAUUGUAUUUGUAUCACUUAAGGUGAUUUAUAUUAAAAAACUCGAGUGUGAUAUGUUUUGCAUACUAAGCUUUUUUGGCAGAAGAUGGAGCUGAUAGGCCUGAUUGUUUGAAAUUAACUUGAGCUCUGCAGCUAAACUUCCUGUCAGCAGAAAUAUUUUAAAACUGAACACAGAAUAUGUGCAGUUGAUAAAGGCUUAGGCUUUUAUUGUUGUGCAGAGAAUCCGUAGAAAAAGAGGACGUAUGUAUGGGUGCGGCCAAUGGAGGAAUGGAGAAUGAUUGACAAGGGACGAAUUUCACCGCAUGGCUAUACGUUGAAGUCAGGAAAUGAAAACUGUUGCACACAUCCUGAAUGUAACUCUUGCGUUGCGAAUUCGUGAAUCGAAUUAUUCAUUUGUAUCCAAAACUGCUAAUAUGUUAAACCUUGAA